AUGACACACGUGCUGCACCGCGCUACGGCGACGAUCCACGCCGCCGAGACGUACCUAGACACGGAUGCGAUUCCUUGGAAGCGCGUUGUCCUUACGUUGCUAUGGGCCGUGUAUCUAUUCGAGACGUACGUGAUGAUGCGGCAGUACCCUCUGUACAGCCUGACGACGCCGCCAAAGGCGGUCGUCGAGCAUGUGAGUUACGAGGACUUCCUCAAGAGCCAGCGGUAUGGACGCGACAAGGCGCGCUUCGGGUUUGUAGCCGAUGCACUGGCGCAUGCGUUGAACCUGUUCAUGGUCGCGUGCAAUGUCCACGCGCACAUGUGGGUGGUGUCGACGGCGCUGCUGGGCCGCCUGGGCGUGACGGCGAGUGAGCCGAUGACGACGGCAGUAUACAUGAUCGUCUCUUCGCUGGUUGCUCUGCCCCUUUCGAUGGCUACGAGUGCGUACAGUCACUUUGUCGUCGAGGAGCGCCACGGCUUCAACAAGCUGACAUGGGCCACGUUCCUGGCCGACACGGUGAAGCAAGAGGCGCUGAAUGCCGUGCUUGGUGCGCCGCUGUGCGCGCUCUUUGUCGUGGUCGUGCGCUGGGCCGGCGAUGCAUUUGUGGCGUAUGCGGUGCUCUUCUUCGUCGCGGUCAUACUUUUCGGGUCGGUGAUCUACCCUACGCUCAUCCAGCCGCUUUUCAACAAGCUGACGCCGCUGCCCGAGGGCCAGCUGCGCGACCGCGUUACGGCGCUCGCAGCGCAGCUGCAUUUCCCGCUGAAGCACCUGUACGUGAUCGACGGGAGCCGCCGCAGUAGCCACUCGAACGCGUACUUUUACGGGAUUGUGCCGGGCGGCGGCAAGCACAUUGUGCUAUUCGACACACUCAUCGAGCAGUCGAGCACCGCGGAGAUCGAGGCGGUACUUGCGCACGAGCUGGGGCACUGGUCGUACUCGCACCCUGCCCAGAUGAUGACUGUCUCGGUACUGCAACUGACGCUGACGCUGAGUGUGUUCACGCUCUUCUUCAAGAAUGCCGCGCUGUUCCGUGCGUUUGGCUUCAGUGGCCCGCACGCCGUCGCGCGCGUGUCGUACCUGCCUGUGCUUGUCGGCUUUGAACUAUUCAAUAUGGUGCUCAAGCCGACAGACGCCUUGGUGCAGUUUGCCUUCCAUGCGCUUAUUAGAAGCUUUGAGUACCAGGCCGAUCGCUUUGCCGUGACAUUGAGCCGCCCUGGGCCGACGCCCGCGGAGCGCGAGGCGCGCCGUUGGCUCGCGGAGCGCGGCCCUACUGAGGACGCGCCGGAUGCGACCGUGCACGACUGGGUGCAAAAGCUGAGCGAAGAGGCAGACGCCGAGGAGACGUACGCCGAGCUGCUGAAGCGCGCACUGGUCAAGCUGCAGAUCCACAAGUACGUGAAGUGA